CUGCGCAAAGCAUUGCGCACAAGGUCAAAUCGAGCCGUAGGAGGACGAAAGCUAUCCAUCCUCAUUAUUGGCUUCCUAGACGAGCAAGUGACAAGAAAUCAGAUGCAUGACCAUUUUAUGCGUAUGCAUAUGAAUGCAUAUUGCAUUGUUUAACAAGACUGUCCAUCAUCUUACAGUCGUUUUAAAGCAAAAAAAUACAAUCUGCAUCCACUUGGACAACAUGCUGAAAUUCCCAGCAGCUGAGAGAAACAAGGAGGUCGUGCUGAAUGUUCUGAAGGACCAUCUACCAACAGAUAAGGCAGGACGGGCACUAGAGGUCGCCUCAGGCAGCGGAACUCAUGUCGCCUUGUUUGCGCAACAUUUCCCAAAGAUCAUAUGGCAGCCAUCCGAGAUUGAUCAGCAAUGUUUGCAAAGUAUAUCAGCUUACAAAGAACACUAUGGGCUACAGAAUGUAGAAGAACCUUUUACAUUAGAUGUCACAACUCCUGUUGAGUCAUGGAAGGAUGGAAACCUUCAGUCAGCUUCUUUGGAUGCUGUAGUGAAUAUGAACAUGAUUCACAUAUCCCCCUGGGAUACUGCAGUGGGGUUGUUUCGUGGCUGUGGUACUCUACUCAAGAGUGGUGGAUUGCUAUUUUUGUAUGGGCCAUUUGCUGUUCAUGGCACACUAACUCCAGAGAGCAAUGUUUCAUUUGAUGCGUCCUUGAGGCAAAGAGACAGUAGAUGGGGAGUAAGGGAUGUUGACGAUGUAGAACAUCUUGCAGAACAAAAUAACAUGUCCCUAAUUAAAACAGUUGAUAUGCCAGCAAAUAACAAGACCUUGAUUUUUAAGAAAUCAUGAGGAAGAUGAAAUCCAUUUUUGUAAACCAAAUAAUUCAUCUACAUGUAUAUAAAUGAUUUAUAUUACACACUACUGCAAAAAAUAAUGUUACUCUCAUAAUUUUUCAUAUCUAAUAAUCAAAAUAAUUUAGAAAAGCUUUAUUUUUGCAUGUUACAGAAAUAAAAUUACCAAGUACUACCUGUACAUUAAACAAGAAUUCCAGUUUCAUAUAGUUGAUUUUCCUUCACAACAAUUAACUUACAAAGCAUACAUGUAUUUGAAUUGCUACAACACAAUAAAUGAACCCAAUAAAUGCCUACGGGACAAUCUGAA